CACCUGGUCAAAUACAAAGUGAACACGCUCACAUGUAAACAAGAAAAAAAAAUGGCAGCGCCGUUGGUCAGGAUAUUCUCAAAGCUUGCUAGGCAGGUGUCCGGGCCAUGGAGAGUGUGCCGUCAUGGGCUGAGGAACCAGUCCACCCGAGCAGGGUUGUCUGCAGAGCAUGCUACUGCUCCUGGGGUCUCUCAUCCACCAUUACAGACGUAUACUGAAGAGGAGGGAAUGAUGAGGGAGGCUGUGAAAAGGUUCGCACAGGAGCGGAUUGCCCCUUUGGUGUCAAAGAUGGAUGAAAACUCUCACAUGGAUUCGGAAGUGAUAAAUUCACUCUUUGAACAGGGUCUGAUGGGCAUCGAGAUCGACCCAGAGUACGGAGGCACUGGCUCCUCCUUCUUCUCCUCCAUCCUGGUCAUCGAGGAGCUGGCCAAGGUAGACGCCUCCGUGGCCGUGCUGUGUGACAUCCAGAACACUCUCAUCAACACACUGUUCACCAAGCUGGGGACCGUGGCCCAGAAAGAACAGUACCUGAGCCGACUCUCCACAGACAUGGUUGGGAGUUUCUGCCUUUCAGAAGCAGAGUCGGGGAGCGAUGCCUUCUCUCUGAAGACGCGGGCUGACAAACACAAGGACUACUAUGUCAUCAAUGGCUCCAAGAUGUGGAUCAGUAAUGCAGAGACUGCUGGGGUGUUCCUGGUGAUGGCCAACGCCGACCCGUCAACUGGUUACAGAGGAAUCACCUGUUUCAUCGUGGACAGAGACACAGAGGGCCUUCAGAUAGGCAAGAAGGAGAACAAACUGGGUCUAAGAGCCUCUUCAACCUGCCCGCUCAACCUAGAUAAUGUUAAGGUCCCUGAGAAGAACAUCCUGGGGCAGGUCGGCCACGGGUACAAGUAUGCCAUCGGAAUGUUGAAUGAGGGCAGGAUCGGCAUUGCUGCUCAGAUGUUGGGUCUGGCUCAGGGCUGCUUCGACCAGGCUGUUCCUUACACCAGACAGAGGGUGCAGUUUGGGAAACGGAUCUUUGACUUCCAGGCUAUGCAGCACCAGAUUGCCCAUGUGGCCACACAGAUAGAGGCUGCCAGGCUGCUGACCUACAAUGCUGCCCGGCUGAAGGAGGCCGGGAGACCUUUCAUUAAGGAAGCCUGCAUGGCCAAGUACUUCACCUCAGAAGUGGCGACAUUGACCACAUCGAAAUGCAUCGAGUGGAUGGGAGGGGUGGGUUUCACCAAAGACUACCCCAUAGAGAAGUACUAUAGAGACUGCAAAAUAGGCACCAUUUAUGAGGGUACAACCAACAUCCAACUGUCCACCAUGGCCAAGUUUAUAGAUAAGGAGUUUGAUCUUUGAACUGACUGUCCCUUUCCUGGUGAAGACUGGCGGUUAUACACUCCUCAGUGUGGCACCUAUUAGUUAUAUUGGUUGUUGUUAGGUUGGUGAGGGAUACUGACCAAUCUGAUCAGGCAUUACUGUAGAGCAUUAUUUUAAAUCAAUCCGAUCUGUGCUGCUGACCUAUAGAGAUCGUUUAUAGUUUCCUAUAUAUUGCAUACAUUUAAUGAAAGUCAUUUCUCCCUGCUAUUUCAUGUAGACAUUUUUUCUGUUGCCAGAUCAUGUAGACGGUGUGGUUAUACUGUUGUUAAUGUUAGUGUUUUCCAAUUGUUUUGCUGUACUUCUUGAGUUCCCUAUCAAAUGUAUGCAAGGUGUUAGCUGGCUGUCUGUUGUGGCACAUUCUGUCUUUUGUUCCACAUUUACCAUUCUGCUCUAUCAAAAUUAAAAUCUCAAUUGUAAUAAUGCUCUAAACUAAAAAGAUCACAAUGUUACAGGUGUUGCUGAAUCAGGUUUGUCAGCAUUUUCUUUUAGAGGAUCCUCAAAAACCUCAUCAAAAAAACAAGUCAGUGCCUUCAUCUUAGUUUUCUUUGUAUUCUGUAACACUCGGAUAUGCAUACCUUUCACUGUCCGAUAGAAUAACUAUUUUGGUGUGAUCUGUUGUAUGUAACCUUUUUUAAAGCGCUUAGAAUAGAACCACGUUUUCCGUUCUGUCAGUUUUAGUCACUAAAAAUAUUUCAGUAAUUCGCAGGACUUACAUUUGUAUUCAUCAGCUUAUGUGACAAUAUUAAUAAACAUUACAUGAAUUAGA